AGGCCCUCCUCACGUUGACUUCUCUUUCUCCCUUCUCCCGUCCAGUGGACUAGAUUUUUCCUUCUCAGAUCCCCCACAUGGCGGCAGAAGAUUGGCGUAUCUCUGAAGGAAAAAUGGCGGCGGCGGGUGCAGUCUCGUUGGUGGACGAAGCCUGGCGCUAUGGUGCUGUCUCGGUUCCUCACAAGAACAUGCUGUUGGAGAAGAUCGGAAACCUCCAAGCAGAUCUGGAUCGGAUUGAGUGUCGGCUUAUCGAGGGGGACUUCCAUUUCGAUCACAGAAUUCGCUGCUUGUUUGAGGAUGUGAAGCGUGGUACCGUGAUGUUCAGGGACGCUGUUGUUGUGGUGGAUAACGCCAUCCACAUCCACUACCACAGGUUGGAGGAAGAGGUUGGUAAUCUCAUCUCCAAGUUUGUCAACAAUCUUGCACGAUUUGAUAUUCCAGGGAGCAGCCUGAAAAGGCUGAGGAAUACUCUCGGCACGUUACAAGAAUAUCUGGAUGAUUCUAAUUUCUUUGUUUCCGCUGUGAGUGCCCUAGCUAGUGCUCCGUCAGAUGCUCCUGCCCCUAAAAUUUAUGUUGAGAACCCUAGUCAGCUAGCCACUGAUCCAGGUUUUUUUGGACGGCACUGUGAGAAAGAACGGUUAUUGCAGUGGUUGACGAAUGACACAGCUCAAGACAAUGCUGUCUCUGUUUGUGCGGUGGUCGGGAUGGCUGGAAUGGGGAAAAGUACACUUGCUAAUAUAGUCUGUCAAGACCCGAGGGUGUCCACUAAAUUUCAAGCUGUUGUGUGGGUGCCCGUGUCUGUUGAUUUUAACAUAGAAGCAAUGGUAAAAGUUAUACUGGAGUCAAUUACUGGUAGACCACCUGCAUACUCUAGCAUGUUCCUUCUGCAGAAGUCUCUUACAGAAACUCUCAGAUAUAGAAAGGUUUUGGUAAUCCUAGAUAAUGUCUGGGAAGAUAACAGUGUUGAAAAAUGGCAAACAUUGGUGGAUCCUCUAAAGGUCUGCAAGAAAGGAAGCAGAGUCCUUCUGACGACUCGGAUGCAAUCAGUAGUGGAUAUGGCAUCUGCUGCUAUAGGAACUGCAGCUGAAUACCUGAAACUGGAUGACUUGGACGAAUAUGACAGUCUCAUGCUCCUCAAAAGCCGACUGCCUUCUCAGGUUGCUAAUAAUCUUAUGUUGAUUGCUGAACAGAUAUUGAAAAAGAUUGGUGGAUGCCCUCUAGUAAUAAAUCUUGUUGCUUCGUGGUUGGGGUCACAUAUGGAGACCCAUCAUUGGAUUGCAUUACUACAGAAAGGCUGGCAGCACAUUGAAGAAAAGAACAUCAUUAUUGAAUCUUUUAGAUUGAGCUACAAUCGCAUUCCUAACGAACUGCAAGCUUGUUUUAGUUAUUGUAGCUUAUUUACCAAAGGAUACAAAUUUAAUAAGGGAGAAUUGUCAAAAAUGUGGAGUGGUUCUGGAUUGAUACCUUUCAGCUCAUCAAAGCAAGAGAAUAUUGGCAUAGAGAAAACAAAACAUGUUAACAUGUUAAGUGCAGAGUAUGUUGGGGAAGAAUACUUUGAUACACUGGCAAGAAAAUCAUUCUUUUUCUGUAUGCUGGAAAAAGAUCCUUCUACUGGAGAUCAGAAUGAAUAUUAUGUUUUGCAUAGUCUAAUGCAUGAUUUUGCAAAACUUGUCUCUAGAUUGUAUUGCACAAGAAUGGACAAUCCUGGUUUUCCUUAUGUCUGUAGACACACCCAACACCUGUCUGUUUCGCAUGGCAGUAAUUUACGCAGAAUCAGUGUUUGUUUUAAAUUCUUACAUACCCUUAUCAUAACAAAUGAGUUUUGUCCUGAUGAAGAGACUGACCAUGUUCUUGGGAGUGUUCUGCAGUUAUUAAGACAGUUGCGUCUUCUAUACUUGGAUGUGCCAUCCUUGUUUCAUGCACUUGAUGGACUUAGCAAUCUAACUCAGCUCCGUUAUCUCCUUUUGUUUUCGUGUGACGAGUCGCAUCUGCACAAAGUCUUCAAACUCCAUCACCUUCAAGUGUUCAAGCUUAAGCACUUCACAGUUACAAAAGGAAACAGCAUUCAUAUGCAUAACUUACGUUGCUUGCGCUGUCUGGAUGUUCCUGAUAAUAUGUCUUCCAAGAUACAUCAAAUUGGGAAGUUAACUUCACUUCAGGAGUUACAUGGAUUUGACAUGGUGAAAAAUUAUUUUCAGAGGUCAAAAUCAUUGGGGGAUGUAAGAAGCCUUUUUCAACUCAGCCUCAGAAAUCUUCAAAAUGUCAGUGAUUGUGAAGAAGCUAUGGAGAUCAAACUAAAAGAUAAACAUCAUAUGGAGUUUUUGUCCAUGUCAUGGAACAAAGAUAUGAAAGAAAUAUUGGAUCACGAUGACCAAGUUAUUGAUAAUCUCGAACCAAACAAAGAAAUUCGGCGCCUGCAUAUUCAUGGAUACGAUGGAGUCAACCUUCCAUUUUGGAUUGAGAACUCAACGCUCAUCCACUUGGUGUCACUUGAGCUGGAAUACUGCAUGAAAUGGAAGAGCCUGCCCUCGCUUCAGGAGCUUAAUUCAUUAAAGCAUUUGAAGUUGGAGAAUCUUUUUCAAUUAGAAUACAUAGGUACAGAACCUGAGCUGCAACUUGAGACCGACGAAUCAGAGGAUGCUUGGUUGCCACCAUUUCUCAGUACUCUGAAAGUUCGAUGGUGUCCUAACCUCAAGCAACUUCCAGCUAUACCAUGUACCCUUGAGCUAUUAAUGAUAAAGCAUGUUCAUCUUGCAUCUCUCCCAAGAAUACAUCAGAGAUAUACUGGUGCCAGGUACUCACAAUCAGUAAAAUCUCAGCUUUCUUUUCUGCACAUUGAAAGUUGCCCACAUUUGACUUCCCUGAACAAAGGUCUCCUAGAGCAGCAGGAACAACUUCAUUCUCUUACAACAUUAUCUUUGAGACAUUGUGAAAGGCUACACCAUCUGCCAACAAGGGGUUUUGCAGAAUUACACCGCCUGACUUCACUAGAAGUAGUUGCAUGUCCUAUACUAAGGGAUGUUAACACCAGAGGCAGUCUGCUGCCUACCUCACUCAUGAACUUGGAUGUGAACCCCUGUGGUGAUACAGAAGCUUCCAUUCUCAUGGCGCUGCAGAACCUUAGUGCUCUCAGAAGAUUAACAUUGUUCAAUUGCAGCAAUAUAGAGGAAUUACCAUCAGUCAAAGUCUUCGGGACUCUGAACAAUCUCAUUGAUGUGUCAAUAUGUAGAUGCAAAAACUUGAUAUCCUUGGGUGCUAUUGGAGCAGUUGCCUCCCUGAGAAAGCUGUCAAUCCUAUGCUGUGAUAAGAUCAGUUUUUCACACUCACCACAGGAUGGCUGCUGCUUUAAGCUACAGAAACUCAGAAUUGACCGUCAAGCUCUGUUAUUGAUGGAGCCACUAAGGAGCCUCAGACACACCAAAGAGCUACAAAUUGGUGAUGAUUAUGCAAUGGAGUCCUUGCCCGAAGAAUGGUUGCUCCAGAAUGCUGCUUCUCUACAUUCCAUUGAAAUAGGAGUUGCCGAGGCUCUGCGCUCCCUGCCAUCUGAGAUGAAAAAGCUUGGAUCACUACAGAAUUUGCAUAUAGAAAGAGCCCAACUAAUUCAGUCACUCCCUCAACUCCCUGCCUCACUCCGCAAGCUGGCAAUCUGGGGCUGUAACACAUCGUUUCUGAAGCGUUAUGGAUCAGGUGGUGAAGACUGGGGCAAAAUUGCCCACAUUGCAGCUGUGGAUAUCAAGGCCUACUCUGAAGGGACGUACUAUGGUGAUGAUCAGAGUCAAGAUUUCAUCAAUAGCAACAGCAGUCGUCCAUUCAUCAUGAUAGACUGAAUACGGCACUGUUGAGUGGUGAAGCAUUUAUUCUGUACUUGUACUUCUAUCAGGACUCGUGAGACUGGAACAAAUAGUGGCUUUUAGGCAAAAGAGCAAAAAGAAACGUACUGGGAGUACUUGGCUAAUAAAACUGCCAGUUCUUGUUCUGUGUUGGCUACUGUUUUGUACUACCUUGGUUCUAAAUUACAAUUCAUUUUGACUUUUCUAGAUACA